AUGGCAGCAGAAUCAAACGUCAACACGAAGCCACUCCAAGAUCGCGUCGCCAUAGUCACUGGCGCCUCCCGCGGCAUUGGCCGCGCCAUCGCCAUCCAUCUGGCCUCCCUCGGCGCUAAAGUCCUUAUCAACUACGCCUCCACCUCAAGCUCCGCCCUAGCCGACGCCGCCGCCGCCCAAAUCAACGCCUCCUCCCCCGCCGACCACCCACGCGCCGUCACCUUCCAGGCCGACAUCUCCGACCCCGCUCAGGUUAGGUCCCUCUUCGACGCCGCCGAGUCCGCUUUCGGCUCCCCGAUCCACAUCCUGGUAAACUCGGCAGCCGUCACCAUCUCCAAGUACCCCACGCUCGCCGCCACAUCCGACGAGGACUUCGAUCGGGCCUUCGCCGUCAACACGCGCGGCGCGUUCCUCCUCUGUCGGGAGGCAGCGAACCGGAUCCGGCGGGGAGGCGGGGGGAGGAUAGUGUGCCUGACAACGUCGGUGGUGGCGUCGCUGAAGCCGCUGCUGGCCGCGUACGCCGGGUCGAAGGCGGCGGUGGAGACGAUGGUAAAGGUGCUGGCCAAGGAGCUGAAGGGGACGGGGAUAACGGCCAAUUGCGUGGCGCCGGGGCCGGUGGCGACGGACAUGUUCUACGAGGGUGAGGGGAGGGCGGAGGCGGAGGAGAAGGCCGUGGCCGACUGUCCGCUGGGUAGGAUGGGGCGCGCGGAGGACAUCGCGCCGCUGGUGGGGUUUCUGGCGAGUGACGCCGGGGAGUGGGUCAAUGGGCAGGUCAUCCGUGUCAACGGAGGAUACGUGUCGUGA